UAGCAUCCCUAAUUAUUUUACUAAACUGCAUGGAAAUGGUUCAUGUUUAGAUUUUGCUUAUUUCCAAAUACAUUUUUUAAUUAUUUGUUUCCGGAAUCACACAAAUGCUAUGACAAUUGUCGAGGCGCUAGGCCUCUAUCAUAAUGGUUUUAAACGCCGCUGUGCAAAUGUUAAGAGAGGCAGAUGAGUUGAAACAGAAUAUAUUAAAAUUUACCAGUGGGACUUCAAUGCUACAAGAUAAAACUUUAUGGGCAACACAGCAGCAAUUACAAAAAGUAUAUCAAAAGGUUCUGGUGCUAGACUUGGACUAUGCCUUGGAAAAGAAAGUGGAACAAGACCUUUGGAAUGUAGGCUUCAAGCAACAGAUUGAGGCUUUACAAGCUAUUUCAAAAGAUAGGAAGAAUGCAUUGCGCAGUGAGGCGCAGGCUAUGCUGUCUUGGGUCCUGCAGGCAGCGGUGGGCUUCUACCUGUGCCUGCUGCAUCAGAUCUGUACCACAUUCAAGUUGGAUCUGCCAUUUAGGCGUCGCGCGUCACUGCUAGGCGCGGUAGAGGGUUGGGAGCCGAGCGCGGGGGUGGGGCCUAUAAACGCGGGCGGAGCGGGCGCCGCGCGCUAUGCGAGUCAGCAUUGCCUCGUACAUCUAGGAGACUUAGCGCGGUACAGGCACCAACUGAGGGUGGCUCAUACCUUCUAUAGACACGCUCUAGCCGUGUCUGUGCAUUCUGGACAACCGUACAACCAGCUGGCGCUAGUGGCGUGGCGGCGCGGGCGGCGGCUGGCGGCGGUGUACUGGCACGUCCGCUCACUGCUCGUCCGAGCGCCCUUCCCUCCCGCGCCCGCUAACCUGGCCAGGACCCUUGCUGCUGCCGCUAGUCGUGACGUGAAGGAAGCGCCUGCAUUACCUGUGCUGCCAGGGUUGAUCACCACCCCCGAGAAGUCUGCCGCAGUUCCCGACAGGCUGGACUCGCACACCUACGUCAACGAGCUCGUCCGCACCUUACACUACUUGCACACAGCUGAGCAACUAGACACAGCGGCAGAAUUAGUGAAUAUCUUGAACUCCUCGCUGUCACCUCUCGUCGCCACCGACAGCUUUGAUUCCAUGACUCUUAUUAAGAUGGUCUGCGUGAUAAUAUGGGUAGUACACUCUACCACAGAAGACUUCUCACUAGAAGCCAAUGCAUUGAGUGAAGCCGAAGCGACGGCGGCUCAACUGGCUUCCUCUCUAGCGGCGGCUUCACUUCUAUCUCUCCUACUACCCGCCUAUACUGCUGAUGAACCUCCUCAGAAAGCUUUGCCUGCACUGAAAGUGUGGCUUCAAUGGCUAGUGUCACGCCCGCAAGCGGUGAGCUGCAGCGGCUGGGUGUCACGGCCGCAGCUGUGGGCCGCGCUCGCGCACGUGCUCAACAAGCUCAGCCCAUUGGCUGACAAACAUAACAAGUAUGACUCAGUGCCUUUGCCUGAAGACGAGGAGCUCCACGGUUUCCUGCCUCUGGAGGAAACGUUCAUAGGCCUCAAAUUCGUCAGCCACAGCAACUGGGAUUCCACUAAAGUGCCUGAAGUAGACUGCAACGAUGAUGAUGUUGGAUCGACGGGUAUAUCGAGCCUGUCUCUAAUCGGUGAGCCCGAGUUAGAGCAGCGCGUGCGAGCGGGGCGCCUGCUAAAGCUCGGCCGGACGCUGGCCGACCACCAUCCCACGCAUCUCACUUACACGACGGAAGAGGAGUCGGUGACGUUCACAGCGAGCGCAGUGGACGGUGAGCAGUUAUCAGUUCUGGUGGCCCAUUUGACUGCGCACGCGCAGUCGCGGAGCUCGCCGCCGCCCGCGCCGCCUGCACCCGUCGUCAUCUCUGAAGCUGAUUUUAGGGAAAAGGUUCGCGAGAAACGUGUAGGAAUCCUCAAGCCUCAAGGAUCGUUAGAGCGCGCGCGAGAAGAACGCGCAUUGGCCACCACACAGGAGGAACCAACACAGGAGGAGAGCGAAGUGAGCCCGGAGAACAGUAAAGCUGAAGACAAGAAGGAAGCGCGCAAGCCUCGCGUAAACAUCGCCAUGGCCGCUAUCAUGAGGAAGCAGGAGGAGACUAACAAACAGGUCAAAUUCGUAACACCUCCUCCGACCCCAGAAUCUCUGACGGAAGCUGCCGAAAACCAAUCGCAAACCAACGCAACACCAAAACAAGAUGACAAACCAAAAGUCAUACAACCUAAAGCGAUCAAAAGCCUUGCCAAUUUACCCAUUGGCAGAAAAACCGGCGGCAUUCUCUCCCUAAAGGAUAAAUCCGCGGGCUAUCCACACUUGCAAAACACAGACCCGGAACCCAAGAAACCUGAAAAGGAGGAGAAAAAAGAAGCAAAAUUUAACCAAAACAAUAACAGUAACUCCCAAAACUACCAACAAAAGCGUGACCAAGGCACCAAUUGGCCGAAUUUAGCCGCAGCCAACUACAUCGAAGGCCCGAGAAUGAACUUCCAAAAGAACUACGGUAUUCAAAAUGUAGGAAUCAACUACAAUCCAACUUAUCAACCGCCGAGUCCUAAUAACCAAGGAAUAAGGCUCCCAGUUGUUAAUCCUAAAGAAAUUGACGUUAGGACUGCGGCUUUACAGAAACAGAAUUCCCGCCAAGAACUUUUUCAAGAUGGCCACAAGUUCACUAACCACGGCUACCAAAUAUCGGGCGAUAAAAAGAACUUCUUAAAUGAUUUACCGCCUAGAUUUGCGAACCAGUAUCGUUAUUGGCAGACCGCGCAAGACAAUCAAUACGUUGAUAACAAAUUCAAGGACGAAAACCCGAAUAAUAUUAACGCAUCUUUCAGCGCGCAACCUCCGCACCAAAAUUGGCCGACACAGCAAAACGAGGGAUUUCAACAACCCGUAUCGUGGUGGAAGCCCGAAAACCAAACCAAUUUCAACCCUCAACACUUCUCUACACCGCCAAUGAAUAUGCCAAACUUUUAUUCAGCGCUACCUGCAAAUAUACCCAAUCCAUACACAAAUGUGCAGUUCAACCAAAUGCAAGGGCAAACUCUGCAGAACUUGGGUCAAAAUGUGCCAAAUAUGGGCCAAAAUUUGCCAAAUUUAAGUCAAAAUAUGCCAAACAUGGGGCAAAAUAUGCAGAAUUUGAAUCAAAAUGUGCCAAAUAUGGGGCAAAACUUACAAAGUGUGGGACAGAGCAAACCUGAAAAUUUAGCUCCUAAUUACGUUCAGUCAGCGAUAGGGCAGCCCCAAAUGCAAACUUUACAGAAUUUGGUUGCGUCACCCAACUUUAAUUCAACGUUGAACAGUUUCGGUCCUUAUGCACCUUCUGUGAGUUAUGAUUCGACGAUGUACCCUCAGUUCAACAAAAUUAAUUACCAACCCAUGCAUAUGAAAAUGAUGGACAAACCGAAUUAUCCGGGUGCCAAGGAAUUGGACGUCGGUCUUAACUUUGGCUCCAAUGUUUUGGACUUGCAACAAAGAAAUCUGAAUUAUGAAACUUUUGGUGGCGAAGCUGGUUCUAUGAAAACGUUGGAAGAUAAUGCGGGUGCAUCAGCGGGAGCGGCUGCGGCGGGCGAAGGCAGCACGUAUUCCCUGUUUAGCGGCGCGCCCGAUGCGCCUGCGUGGCCGCCGCGCUCGCACCAUCAGUCGCUGUGGUCGGGCCCCGGGCCUUCGCCCCUGGAGCGCCUGCUCGAGCAACAGAAGCAAAUGAAGCAGCCGCCCGCGCCACACUGACACCAACUUAGCUAAACGUUGUAUCUCAUUUUAUAAAAAUAUACUAAAAAGGAUUCGUUCUGAAAAAUGUUGUACUGCUUGUACAAUUUCUACCCCAUAAAUGCGACAUAUUGUUUUUCCAAGCAGAUAUGAAAUACCGGCGGGUUUUUUCGCAAGGCUUUUGAACCUCGAUACUCCCAAGUAAGUUGUUGUUACACCAACUUAUGCGUAUGUGGGAGGUAUCGACUUAUUCUUACAUUUCUGUACAGCUUUAGAUCCGUAACGAGGUUUAGGGCGAUUACGUACUGCAUCCGAUCCGAAUCCGUGAAAUUACUUUCCGAAAUAGUGAUAGAACUUGUAUGGUAGCUUACGCACUAGCUCCAACGGACUUCCGUCAUCCGAAUUCUCUCCGACAUCGUCAAAAUAUCUCGGCUGUGCCUCGGAUUCAAAUCGGACGUACGAUAUGUCAAAGAUAUCAACUGAAUAGCUUGAAUUUGGAUGAGAGAUCGCAUUAAUGUAUAAGGAAUAUCUGAAAACGUUCGAGUUUUAUAUCCGUAUUUUCACGAACUAAGAUCGGAUGAGUGCGUAACCGCUCUUAGGUUUUUACCGAUCACGCAUAAUUUUUUUUAAUCACUCACCAGAAUAUGCGGCGAUUUUUGGGAAAAACAACAUUUCUAAAGGCCAGUUAAUAUACAAAUUACAAUGGUGCUAACUGCUAAUUCAGUUGUUAAAAAUCUCUUAACUAAAUUGGUAUGUUUUGAUUAAGUGGCAUCCUUUUUACAGCGUUCGAUGCGGAAAAGGAUGGCACUACAUUUAGAUCAGUAGGCUUUUACAUCCCAACGUUUAUAUUAUACGAAGGUCGAAACAUUUCAACGCUAAAUUGUAAAAUGGACCUUAACUGCUUUGUUUUAAUGCUCAUGUUUGUAUACACAAAUUAUUAUAUUUUCAGCCAGCGCUCCAAGCGGACACGUUGCGAAAUUAAAAUCGAUGGUACUGAAUUUUUCACUUUAAAUCAAGAACUUUUAAGCCCAUUUUAUUUUGACGUUAUUAUUAGUUACUAGAGGAUGCCCGCGACUUCGUCCACGUGGAUUUAGAUUUUUAUAGAUCCCGCGGAAACCUUUUGAUUUUCCGGGAUAAAAAGUAGCCUAUGUCCAUCCCCGGGAUAUAAGCUAACCCUGUACCAAAUUUCGUCAGAAUCAGUUACACUGUUGGGCCGUGAAAAGGUAGCAGACAGACAGACACACUUUCGCAUUUAUAAUAUUAGUAUGGAAGUAUGGAUUGUUUCGACUUCAUUCUAUCAAUGUUGGUGAGAAGUAAAAUCUCAUACAGACCUAUCUUAUUACUACCGUCUGUUUAGUUAAGAUAUUUAUGUUUAGGUAUUAGACCAUUAUUUUAAUGUACCUACUGACAAGUGAAUUGAGAAAUUCUUUAGAAUUGUAGCUGUUUCGUACUAUCUUGGUUGGUAUAAGAAACAAUUUUUUGUAUUAUAAAAAUCAACUGCAAAUUGUAAUGUCUUUUAUAAUAUACUGUAAAAAAUUAAAUAGUGUAAUAUUCGUGUCUUAUCGUGUAUAAUACGCUGUACUUAUUUAGUUAUGGUACUGUAAAUUUUUGUCUGGUUAAAGAACACUAGUAAAUAAAGAUCAACUUACAUACUCAUGUUACACUAAGGCCUCAGAUGGCUCAUUCAAGGCCCUUUUCAAACUACCUACUAUGUGCGUUGUCGACUGGUGUUAAUGUCUCUUUUAUGGAAGGGCAAACAUUAUUGUCAACUCCGUAUCAAGACAGAUUUGCGUAACUCCGGUGUAUCAAGUGUUAGGCCGAGCGCACUUCGUAUGCGUUUUCGUAAGAAUUUGACUCAUGCGAGCACGUCAAAUACGCACUUACAAUUUUAUUCUUAACUUGCAAGUACUAUGGGAGCGCGCACACUAGGUCUAAAUAAGUACGACCAACUUGCACCCAGUCUGUGCGCUUCCAUAGCACUUGUAAGUUAGUGUAUUAUCUAUACUUCGGUCGGGAUUGGAGCAACAAUGACCAGCACCCUACUAACUACGCUACUAAACAUAAUAGCGAUCACAUUAUUUACUAGUGUUCUAAUAAUGUUGUUUGUAAGCAUUAUAUUUUUGUGAUAAGUAAAAGCAAAUUAAAGUAACCGAUGCGGGAUAUUUUGUAAUAAAGUUGUAUUUGUUACAUA